UGUUUUGUCGCACUGGUGGAAGUUACGGCACUGCGCUUUGCGGCACGCGCCCCUGCUGGCGGGCCGGGCAGCCCCGCUCGCCCUUUUUGCGCAGCCGCCGCCGCCGAGUUCAGGAGCAGCCAUGCCAGCCAAGGGUCCCCUGCAGAGCGUCCAGGUCUUCGGGCGGAAGAAAACCGCUACAGCUGUUGCCCACUGCAAGAGAGGGAAUGGCCUCAUUAAAGUGAAUGGAAGACCUCUGGAAAUGAUUGAGCCCAGAACUCUGCAGUAUAAACUGCUUGAACCCGUCCUCCUCCUGGGGAAGGAAAGGUUUGCUGGUGUUGACAUCAGAGUCCGUGUGAAGGGUGGUGGCCAUGUAGCACAAAUCUAUGCUAUCCGUCAAGCUAUUUCCAAAGCUUUGGUGGCUUACUAUCAGAAAUAUGUUGAUGAAGCUUCCAAGAAAGAGAUCAAGGAUAUUCUAAUCCAGUAUGAUAGGACUCUACUGGUUGCAGAUCCUCGCCGUUGUGAAUCCAAGAAAUUUGGAGGACCUGGUGCUCGUGCACGCUACCAGAAGUCUUACCGUUAAAAUUGUUUUACUGUAAUGAGAAGUCAAUAAACAUAAAGAAUUUGAUAA